GUUAUUAUUGUAAGAAUAAUUCCUCUUAUGAAAAUGGCGUCGAGUCAGGGAGGUGUGGGAGCUGUAACUGCUCUUCCAAACCAUCACUUAUCCAACGGACCUCACUGGAACCCGGGGAUCAACCAGCAUCAGCUCCACACGGCCCGGAGUUUAGACCGCGCUCUGGAGGAUGCUGUGUGCUCAGGGACGUUGAAUCUUAGCGGGAGGAAGCUGAGAGACUACCCUGGACUGUGCUAUGAUCUUACUGAUACAACGCAGGCAGAUCUGUCGAAGAACAGGCUCACAGAGAUUCCCCCAGAGGUGUGUCUGUUCGCCCCACUCGAGUCCCUCAACCUAUACCACAACUGCAUCAAAUGCAUCCCAGAAACCAUCAUCAACUUGCAGAUGCUGACCUAUCUCAACAUCAGCCGGAACCUUCUCUCAACAUUGCCAAAAUACCUGUUUAGCCUCCCCCUCAAAGUGCUGGUGGUGAGCAACAACAAGCUAGUGUCCAUCCCAGAGGAAAUUGGGAAGGCCAAAGAGCUGAUGGAGUUGGACAUCAGCUGUAAUGAGAUCCAGGUGCUGCCCCCUCAGGUGGGGAGGCUCCAGGCCUUACGGGAACUCAACAUCAGGAGGAACUGUCUUCACAUGCUGCCUGAGGAGUUGGCGGACCUGCCACUCACCAGACUAGACUUCUCCUGCAAUAAGAUCACAGAGAUCCCUCCUGUCUACAGGAGACUCAGGCAGCUGCAGCACAUCAUCCUCGACAACAACCCUAUGCAGUCCCCACCUGCACAGAUCUGCCUGAAGGGCAAGGUGCACAUCUUUAAGUACCUGAACAUCCAAACAUGUAGGUUGAAUAAGAAGCCUGACUCUCUGGACCUCCCCUCCCUGGGCAAACGCUGCCUUCCCCAGCCUCUGACCGACAGCAUGGAGGAUUUUUACCCCAGUAAGAACCACGGUCCUGACUCUGGUAUCGGCAGUGACAACGGGGAUAAAAGACUGUCUACGACGGAGCCUUCUGACGAUGACACCAUCAGCCUGCACUCUCAGGUCUCAGAGACGGCCCGUGCCGACGCGCUCUCUCUCCUCUCCAAGAUGGACUCAGGCAAAGAUCAGGAACCCUAUGACUUCAUCGAGCCCAACCCAGAGGAGGAUGCUGCCCUGUCAGAGGGGGACGGGCAGCAGAGUGGUGGACCCUACAUCUCCUGUAUAAAGGAAUUGGAGAAGGUUCUUAACAAGUCACACCAAAGCAAAGAUAAGGAAAGCUGGAAAGAGGAGUCUGGCUCUGAUAAAGAUCAGCUAGCUGAGGAGGAGGAAGAGGAGGAGGAGGAGGAAGAGCUGAAGGAGGUGCUGGACCUGAGGAAGAUUGCCGUCCAGCUCCUGCAGCAGGAGCAACAGAACAGACGACGAUCCUUAAUUUGUAGAGCAGAGAGUCUAAUUCAUCGAAGGAGGGUUGCCGGCCGUGCACACAGGUUCCUCAGUCACUCUGGCAGCUCUGGCAGCAAACAAAGGUCCCCCUCUCAGGCUAUCCGCAGUGCCUCUCUGGAUGAAGCGAGCAGUGGCACGUCAGUGCUGAGUGGUCAGGUAAGUACUUCCUGUCCUGUUUUCCACAGGGAACAUGCUACUCAUUGUUCCCAUUUUGUGCGAGUAAUACUACACCGUGGUCAUUGUUUUCAGUUCCCCUUUUUAAUGUGUCCGCGUGCGAGGCCUUGGUUUUGGUGUCUGGGUUUCACUCAUGUCGUUCACCUCUCUCUGUCUCUCUCUGGAAAGGACCCUGACUUCACAGACGACGACGACGCUUUCUCUGAGCCCUCCUCUUCAUGCUCCUACGAUGGCAGCCUGAAAUCCGAGUCAGACACGGAGCCAAAGUGGCCAGACGUUCCACCUGUACUCAACCAGAACGAGGAGCGCAGGAGGAACAAGUAUCUGAGGAAAGAUUAUCUGAAGAACAAGUGCCAGAGUGCCCGACGAAACUCCAGUGGGAACGACGAGUGUGAGGAGGUAUUGCGGAAUGCUGAGUUCAGCACCACCCUCACAGUGUUUGGCCUUAAACCAAGAUCAGCUUUUUGCCGAAGCAGCCGCCAGGAGCCGUCAGACCCCAGUUUCACCAUGAGGAGGAAGAUGGAGCACCUGCGGGAGGAGAUGGAGCAGGUUGGCCUCCUACGGCAGAACCUGGAGUCCAGACUGAAGGUCUUGCUGCCGGACGAUGUGGGAGCUGCUCUGAUGGAUGGCGUUGUCUUGUGCCAUCUGGCCAAUCACAUUCGUCCUCGGUCGGUGGCCAGCAUCCAUGUACCCUCGCCCGCAGUGCCAAAGCUUAGCAUGGCCAAGUGCCGCAGGAAUGUGGAAAACUUCCUGGAUGCCUGUAAGAAGCUGGGUGUGCCACAGGACAAGCUGUGUUUGCCCCACCACAUCCUAGAGGAGCGUGGGCUGGUGAAGGUGGGCAUGACCGUCCAGGCUCUACUGGAUCUGCCAGCCUCCAAGCCCACCCAGCUGUCUGCUGUCUAACAGCAGCCUGGACACUGCCUCCACCCUCCCUGUCCAGUCAAGCCAUUCACCCCCCAGCCCUACACCCCACAGAGGAGGGGACUUCCAGCCCGCUUCGCUCAUCACCAGCGAACCCUUAGGGGCGAGGGCCCGGGGGGUUGCAGGGAGUCCAUUGUCAGCUGAUUGAGCCAGGAGAAGGAGGGGUUAAUUCAGAUCCUCCCACCCUUCCUAUAUGAUGUCAGCUGGGACCCGCCUCCCAUCCCAUCAGAUUGUUAGCUUCUGUCAUGUCCUACCCUCAGGGGACCCUACUGUACUGUGUGUGUGUAGAGUACCAGUGUGACUGUCUGUGUGACCUGCACAGUGUGGACUUCAUGAGUGCUGGUGAACCUAAAGCCAGGUCAGAGGUCAGACUAAGGAGGGAAUCGCAGUGAAGAUGAAGACCUGUCUGUCACCAUGGUGAUAUUGACUGGCCCAUGGUCAGACACCAUUGAACCUAGUGGUGCCAACACUGAAGUCACUGGGUUUUCAAUUCUCGGUAUUAAAAUACAUUGGUAGUGAAGUGAUAGCUGUUUUAAAGGCAUGUACUCACUCUUUCACUCAGAGAACUUAACUGCAUGCUGGCCCACCAGCCAUACCACAUAACUCAAGUGGUCCUUAACCUCUUUGACUUUUCUUUUGUAGAACAAAUUAGCAUUCAAAUUGGAUUUUGAGUCAUAUUUGUACAAGAGCGUUGUGUUCUAUCACAGUAUAACUCUGUUUGAUAUCACAGAGGUAAAGCUUGGGAUGUCCUUAACAGUGCUUUACCUCAGAGGAGCCACCAGUAGCUAAACCCCAGUACACACACUUCUUAGAGUCUGCAUUUGACUAGAAUUAUUGUACUGUCAAUAACAGUGCUAUUUGGGGGAAGAAUGCUAAGUUUACUUUUAAAAGCAUGGUGUCCAUGAUUCAGAUGGAUCUUAAAACUGCCGCACAUUCGGAAAGAGACUUUCUCACCUGCAAAAGGUUGCUGAUGGUGUUGGUCUCAUGUCCAAUGACCCAUCUGUCUACUGCUCUGCUGUGGUGAAGGGAGGAUGUGGUGAAGGGAGGAUGCUCUGAGGUACUGCAGAUGGUUUUGAUAGCUCACCACACUGUACAGUAUACGAGAGAGCCAUCCCACUGUCACGGGACCUUCUGUCAAAUGCAGACCUAAAGACAUAAGACUACUGUGACUGCAUGUAGCUUUGAUUCGAACCACAUGUUCGUUUUGAAUAGUACUAGUUAAAAGCACAGGGGUAUGUAGUUGGGAUAUUGUACCAUAUACACUUACAAUCCUGAGAUUGUAUCUUUUGUCAUUUGAUGCAAUGAAAAAAAUGUUUUAUGUUGAAAUAUUUCAUCUUUAAGUUUACAACUUGCUCCUCUGGUUGGAUUCACAUCUGCAAAACGUCAAAUAAGGAAAACAAAAUAAGCAAUUAGGUGAUCCCAUAGAUUAAUCUUGACCAUUGAAAUAUUUUAUCAGGGAAACUAUUUAUCUAUUUAUUUUUUCUAUUUAUGUGCUUUGUUUGAUUGUGUUUCACCCCUGAUGACCCCCUUAAGUUAUGUGACAGGAGUUUUCAGCUCCAAACUUCUCCUGCUUUAAUGCUGCAUUUGUAAAAAAUACAAAUAGUGGGAAGUGGUAAUUUACCACCAUAGAGUUAGAUAGAGGACUCUAGAUUGAUAAAAACCUGUUCUGGCGUUGCCAUUGAGGGCUUCACCAUUUUUAAAGAAGUCAACUGGGUGGGACUUCCUUGUGGGUGAAGGAAGGAUCACAUCUUUCCUCCUGGGUAAUCUGGAGGGAUCAGCCAAUAAAUUAUACUCAUGAGCAAACAUUCCAUAACUCUAGGUGGCAGUAAAUUGCCAUCCUUGGCUUUAUACCUGUUCAAGCAACACACUCUAGAUGGCAGUAUGCACCCUUUCAGUUUGUUUACCAACCCACAGAAGUAGUAGAUCAAGAAAAUUGAAAAUGCCCGCUAUGGCGCUGCCCAUGCGCUCACAGAGGCCAUAAUGGAACAUGUACAAAGAUCUCUACGUUUACCACAAAGGACUAGGAAAAAUACAUUUGAACAGCCCUCCAACUGGUAAUUACUAGUGGAAAACUUGUCUCAUCCUUGAGUGGGAGGUAGGAAUUUACCAGUUGUGAAAUCGUAAAUACCAGUUGGAUGCAUUCACUUGCCUUGAUCUGGUUGAGAAACCCCCGAUUUGCUAAAAGACAAAAAGCUGUCUCAAACAUUAACUAAAAGUAUAGCUAUCAGGUUUGUAAACAAAUUAUAGUGUUUAAAAACCAUAUUAAUAUAUUAGCAUUUGGGUACGGUUUGUUCUUAGGUGUCUCAAAGUCCGAUUCAAUUAACCUCAAAUUGCAGGAAAUCUAAACCAUUGUUCCUGCUGCGAAUAGUUUCACUUAAAAGGAGUUUCAUUUGGUUUUCAUUUAGUACUGAUGGUCCUAUUAUUGCAAAUAUCCAUUCUUAACUUCAAAUUUGCUUUUGUGUGGGAUGCAGGAACAAUGGUAUUUCAAAUCAAAUGUUAUUAGUCACAUGCACUGAAUACAACAGGUGUAGACAUACAGUGAAAUGCUUACUUACGAGCCCCUAACCAACAAUGCAGUUUUAAAAAAAAUGCGGAUGGGAAUAAGAAAUAAAAGUAUCAAGUAAUUAAAUGGCAGCAGUAAAAUAACAACAGCGAGACUAUAUACAGGGGGGUACCGGUACAGAGUCAAUGUGGGGGGGGGUCAUGACAAAACCUGUCUUGGUAUGCUUGGACCAUGUUAGUUUGUUGUUGUUGUGGACAGCGAGGAACUUGAAGCUCUCAACCUGCUCCACUACAGCCCCCUCAAUGAGAAUGGGGGUGUGCUAGGUCCUCUGUUUCCUGUAGUCCACAAUCAUCUCCUUUGUCUUGAUCACGUUGAGGGAGAGGUUGUUGUCCUGCCACAGCCAGGUCUCUGCAAUGUCCGUUUUGAUUUAAUCAGUGUUACUGAUAAAUAUCUAACUCCUUACUCAUACUGCUGUUUAUGUUGCCAAUAACACUGUUGUUCCCACUCCCAUGUCUAUCUGUUUUUUUACUGUCACUUUGCCAAUGAAGCUCAUCUCUUAUUUUCUGUGUGUGUGUGUGUGUGUGUGUGUGUGUGUGUGUGUGUGUGUGUGUGUGUGUGUGUGUGUGUGUGUAGCUCAUGUAUGGUAUCAGUUUUUUAAUAUGCCAAGCAUUUUAUUAAUGACAUGAUGGUGGAACUACUGUAAAUACAUUACCUGUACAAGAGAGAACAUUCCAUUCUUUUAGUUGGCUUUGUGUCUGUGUUUAUCUGUUAAUUGGAAUGUGCUGUGCUUGUACACACUGAAAUCCGAGCUGGCCACGGAAGCCUGCUUUGACUGACGUUUUUGGGAAUGUAUCUCUGAUGCAGUUAAAUUUUCGUGUAUAGAUUAUUUUAUUAUGUUCUAAGUGAUGAUUGGUGGUUUCAGUAUGUAUUCUGUUUGGCUGCCUCCCCUGUUCAGAAUGUGCACGUCUUGUACCUGCCAGUGACCACCCACCCCACCCCACUGCAUCGCAAUUGCCAGAACAAGAGCUGUUGAUGUCUCUGACUCAUAGUUACUGUGUUCCCAUGUGUUUAUCUCUACUCAUCCCAGAAACAUGCAACAUAGCCCAUCCUCCUCUAAUUAAAAGUGCCAAGGCCCUCAAGGCAACACUUCAACAAGUUGUAAUUAUAGUCAUCAAGUAGCCUACCAAUGUGACAAGACUCUUCAACUGGUGUUUGAGUUGGACACAGAGAUCAUUCCUUAAGAUUCUCUUGACACAAGACAUAAAAAUCUACAAUUGUUUGUUGACAGAACAUAAUUACCAGCUAUCGUUCCUUAUUCUUUAUAUCAAACAACUUUCAUACAAGCCUUAUACUUCGGUAAUCCUAAUACCAAAUGAGUUGUUCAUCCCUAAUUGUUUGCCAUGUCAGAGCAUUAGUAAGCUUUGUGUCAUGGUAUAAUGUAUAUGUUAUAAACCUGCCCCAUUUUCCUCCAGACCCAUCCACAUUAGCCUAGUCUGCUUUCCCACUUGUCCCUCACAUCUACGUCACUCAUGUUGUUUUGAGCUUUCAAUUCUUUGAUUAAAAGAGCAGGAAGAAUCAUCUACACACUAUACUGCCGAGAAGCAUUCUGAUGUAUUCUGUACAUACAGGUUUUGUAUUUAAAAGAAACAAUGCAUGCAAGGAUCCUGGAUGACCGAGCCCCGUGUGUGUGUGUGUGUGUAUAUAUCCUCUGUAUAAAUUGUGGGGUGUUUCUAAAAAAAUAAAAACAUUGGAAAACAAAGGAAAAAUAAAAUGUAAUUCUUUAAAAUAA